AUGUACGGCAGGAGAGGGGAGAAGGACGGACGCACGGUGGAGGAUAUCUCAGGCAUUCCGAUAGUUUUGGUUGAACGAGAAAAUGUGUACACAAAAAAUAAGAUUAUCUCAUCAGGUGGGUGUGCGACCUUACUUGGGAAGCAACUGCAAGAGAGCAGUUCAGCUCCCACUCCAAUCCCUCCCCCCCCCGAGGCCCCCGAGAACAAGGGACGUUCCCCGUGGGAUCAGAGAGGUUCCUCGCUUAACCUGCCCUCUGGAGGUCUGGAGAUGACCGAAACUGGCAGGUCCGGACCACAGGGCAAUCGGCCAGUCACGGCUCCCACAGCAAGGCCAAACACCGAGGGAACCACUGGGAAUACACAUCCUCCUGAUCUCGCCUGGUGUCUCGACCUACCUGGAGACCUGUUCCGUGUUUGCUAUCUCUCUCUUGAUCAAUCCCUUCCUAUCUCGCCCAGCAUGGCGCCGCCUAAAUUUGCUGGCAUGUCGGGGAAGCCCCUGUCCCUGACCGUGUCCACCGUUGCUACUAUGGGUUUCUUGCUGUUCGGUUAUGACCAGGGUGUCAUGUCCGGUAUUAUCAGUGACAAGGCUUUCAACGAUGUUUUCACUGCUACCAAGGAUGAUUCUGUCAUGCAGGCUCUCGUCACGGCUGUUUACGAACUUGGAUGCUUGGCUGGUGCAUUGUUCGCCCUGGUUUACGGUGACGCGACCGGUCGUCGCCUGAUGAUCUUGUCUGGUGCCUGUGUUAUGAUCGUUGGUGUCAUCAUCCAGGUGACUUCGUUCGUGGACCACAUCCCCCUACUUCAGUUCUUUGUCGGUCGUGUCAUCACUGGUAUUGGUAACGGAAUGAACACCUCCACUAUCCCGACCUACCAGGCCGAGUGCUCUCGUACCAGCAAUCGUGGUCUGCUUAUCUGUAUCGAGGGAGGUGUAAUUGCCAUCGGUACUGCGAUUGCCUACUGGAUCGAUUUCGGCGCUCACUACGGUCCCCCCGACCUCGUCUGGCGAUUCCCCAUCGCUUUCCAGAUUGUUUUCGGUAUCAUCAUCAUCGUCGGAAUGUGGUACCUGCCGGACUCUCCCCGUUACUUGAUCUCCAAGGACCGUGUCCAGGAGGGUGAGGUUGUGCUUGCCGCCCUUGGUGGCUGGGAAGUGGACAGCCACGAGACUCAGAUGCAGAAGACCCUUGUCAUCGACUCGAUCAGAGCUUCCGGCGCCGCCGAGAAGACGAAGUUCCGCGACUUGGCUACCGGUGGACGUUCUCAGCACUUGCGUCGUAUGCUUGUCGGUUCUUCUUCCCAGAUCUUCCAGCAGCUUUCUGGUUGCAACGCUGUCAUCUACUACCUCCCUGUGCUGCUUAAGGAUAUCGGUCAAUCGAAUGAUAUGUCCCUGCUGAUCGGUGGUAUCAACAUGAUUGUGUACGCCAUCUUCGCCACUUUCUCCUGGUUCUUCAUCGAAAAGAUCGGUCGUCGCAAGCUCUUCCUGGGUGGUUCUUUCGUUCAAUGUGUUGCCAUGAUCAUUACUUUCGCCUGUAUGAUCCCUGGUGACGACGAAACCGCCAAAGGUGCCGUGGUCGGUCUCUUCCUGUACAUGGCUGCAUUCGGUGCUGCGUGGCUGCCUCUGCCCUGGUUGUACCCUGCCGAGCUGUCCCCCAUCAAGACCCGUGCCAAGGCCAACGCCGUUUCGACCUGCAGCAACUGGCUGUUCAACUUUGCCGUCGUCAUGUGGACUCCCCCUAUGAUUUCCUCGAUCAAGUGGGGUACCUACCUUUUCUUCGCUGUCCUGAACGGUCUUUUCAUUCCUGUCGUCUGGUUCUUCUAUCCCGAGACCGCCAACCGAUCCCUGGAGGAGAUCGAUAUUAUCUUCGCUAAGGGUUACACCGAGAACAUCAGCUACGUCACCGCCUCUCACCAGCUUCCCAAGCUCUCCGACGAGGAGAUCGAGGCCAAGGCCAACGAGUACGGCUUCGGUGCCGGUCCCUCCGAGGACCCCGAGAAGGCUGGUGCCGACUACUCUCCUUCGGAGUAA